UUUUCUGUGAUAAAAUACUGAAUUCAUUGACGUUUUCCAUGUUAAUUCAGUUUCUUAAUUUCUAUUGUGCUGCGUAAUUAUGGUGUUUGAUUGGAAUGACAAUUAAUCGAUUUGAAUUUUAAAAAAGAAUACCUUUGGAAUAUUUUGGGACAUUUUAGCAAAUUUUGUACAAUGGCUGCAACGAGAAGACUACAAAAAGAACUUAAUGACAUCAGACAGUCUGGCCUGAAGUCUUUCAGAGACAUACAGGUUGAUGAGUCCAACAUCUUAACAUGGCAAGGUCUAAUUGUUCCAGACAACCCACCUUACAACAAAGGUGCUUUCCGCAUUGAGAUUAACUUUCCAGCAGAAUACCCAUUCAAACCCCCGAAAAUUAGUUUCAAAACAAAGAUUUACCACCCUAACAUUGAUGAAAAGGGUCAGGUGUGCCUGCCCAUCAUUAGUGCAGAAAAUUGGAAGCCUGCUACCAAGACUGAUCAAGUUAUCCAAGCAUUAGUGGCUCUUGUGAAUGAUCCAGAACCAGAGCAUCCACUGCGGGCGGAACUAGCCGAAGAAUUUCUCAAAGAUAGGAAGAAAUUUACAAAGAAUGCAGAAGAAUUUACCAAAAAACACAGUGAAAAACGGCCUACAGAUUAAAUACACUAUAAGAAUUUUAAGUUUAGAUUUACAGCAGUGCCUAAAUGUUAUCAUUGAAAAAUAGUAAAAAAUUUAUUGUUUUGCUUUUACAAUGUUGAUGUUAAAAUAUAUAACUAAACUGUAUUGAUAAUUACUUGCUAAUUAUUAAUUCAACCCAUAAAUAACAAUUGAAGUACAUAUAGUGUCAUAUGGAUGUCAAAGGACAAACUAAUAAAAUAAAACCACCACUUUAUUACUAAAAUAAAAUAAAAUAAAUGUCCACAAUAUACUCAAAAUUUAUGGGCUCAUUGUUUUCUAUGAUGCUGCUGUAAAUCAUUUUAAAAUAUUUAACAGGUCUAUGCUGUUUGCUUUUGUCAUUUCUUAUUUUACUAGCACUUUAUUCAAAAGCACUUUACAAAAUCUUAUAAGAGGGAAUCAUAGUGAGUUAAGAUAUUGGUUCUAUUUAUCUUUUGGUUUACUAAAUUUUAUAUAACAGUUUUUUACUUAGUGUUUUAAUGAAGGAAAAUGUGAACAUUUCGUAGUAUUAGCAGUUUCCAUUUAAUGGCUUAAAAUGUUGCUUAAUAUUUGCUACAUCUAUGAUCAGCUUUGAAUGUGUCUGUGUAAAUAUAAUAUGAAGAGAUUUGAUGUUUAGAACAAUCUA